AUGACUCAAACUAAAAAAAAAUCUACUAAACGCGUUGAUAAGAAUCAUAAAAAAAAUAGGUCUUUGAAAUCUAUCCAACGAGGAGAACAAAAAAUUAAGCUCGAUAUUCAUAAAGAACGACUAAUUUUACCUUACAAAUUACCUUUUCCUCCAUCUACCCAGGUAGAUGAAUUAGUCGCAAAACUUAUUUUAAAACCAAAGUUAGCUAGGUUUCCUAAUGGGUUCAUCCUCUUUCGGAAUGAAUAUGUUCAACUUUUGAAAGGAAAAGGUUUAAAUUAUCCUAUGACUCAGUUAUCACCUAUGAUAGCUGCCAAAUGGAAGAAGGAAUCUUCGAUUGUGAGAGAUACGUUUUCUCAAAUUUCGAGUGAGGCUGAGAAAUUAUAUGUUCAACAUAUCGCACAACAACAUAGACUUCUUGACAUGCCAGUUCCUUUAUUUUCCGAAGAACAACAACAAUCUUGGCUUCCCCCCAAUUGUUCUCCGGAAAGUAAUACUCAAGAAAAUUCUAAUGAAUCUUUUAAUGAACAACUCUUUCAAAUUAUUAAUGGAAUUGAUACGAAUGCAUUUAUACCUACUCCGCCCUAUUCUCGAAGAAGAAAUUUUAUUUCUCUUCCACCACAUUCUACUUCAUCUUGUAAAUCAAAUAAAUCAAAUAGUUCUUCUCCUACUUUUCCUUUAACUCCUACAGGUUCACCAUAUUAUUCUAUUGACCUUGAAAAUACGUCUACUAGAUUUUAA